CAUAUUUAAUUCACUUUAUUAACCUUUUACGAAUCGUGAAAUAAUGGCGUUGGAAGGGUAUAUAGCAUGGUACAGGAAUGGCAUACACCACGUGGGAAAGCCGUGAAUGUAUGUGGCAGCAGGAAUGCAACUUCACUGCUCCUAUGUAUCAAUUUUAUACAGGACAUACAAUAUCAACUGCCCGGCCCACAUUUCCUUCCUUGCCACCAAAUAUGGGAAAUGCUUGGAAGUCAUUGAAGUGGUUGACGAACACACUCACACGUUGAGUGAGAAGUGUUGCCAGCACCUGCCACGCCAGAGAAGGCUCAAUGAAGAGGAAACAGGUGAAGUGAAGAAACUUCUAGCACUUAAAGCUAUUAAGAAAUGCCUACAAGGGCACUUCUUCAACCGUUGGAAGAGAAUACUCCUGCGUGGCCUUCACAACCUAACAACAAAGAUGCAGGCGGAGAAAGUGAAAGGGUCAACGCUCAACUUCAUUGCCUCACGUGUGCAGGAAUCUGGCGGAACUAUGGACAUUCUUGUGGAUAGUGAUAGUGUGCUGACUGGCCUUUCCUACCAGGAUAGUGACAUGAAAAAGGCAUAUGAGAACUUUCCAGAUAUUUUUUUGUUGAUGCCAUUCAUAAGACCAAUGAUAAACUGAUGCCAUUGUACGUUGUCCUUGUGAAGAAUUCCAAUGGUGAGAGUGAAAUAGUGGCAUUGAUAUUGUGUGCAGGUGAGGACGAGGCAACAUUACAAGCAUUGUUUUCAAGGUUUAAUGUGAACAACAGGUCAACCACGGACACUAAAGUUAUUAUGACUGACAAAUAUUUUGUAAAA